AUGUGCUCGCCCGCGGCGUCGCCAGCACCCUCGGUGUGCGGAGAGCCGGAGGCCCCGCUGCUGGAGCUGCCGGAGCCCCAGCACAAGGAGCCAGUGGCGGGCAUCUUCUCUUCCUGGUGCGUGCUGACCAACACGCUGCUCGGGGUCGGCCUGCUGGGACUGCCCUGGGCCGUGUCCACGGUCGGGCUGGCGCUCGGCGCCACCAUGCUGUGGGGCGCGGGGCUGCUGGCCGCGUUCGCGCUCCACCUGCUGUCGGUGAUUGCCAUCGCGCUCACGGAAGGCUCACAAGGCCCGGCCGACAUCACCUUCUACGGGGCUUGUUGUGCGGUGGCGCCGUGCGCUCGGCACGUGGUGGAUGCGGCGAUCGCCGUGAAGUGCUUUGGGGUAGCGACGAGUUACCUGCAGGUCGUUGGGCAGAUAGGGGCGCAGCUCGUUUUGGAGAUUGCGAUGUGGGACACGAGCCAGGAAGAGGUGCGCCGAUGCGUGAUCGCUUUUGUCGCCUGCGCUGUCAUCGCGCCCACGGUCUUCCACAAGCGCAUCACGAAGACCGCGUCGCAGAACCUGUUCGCGAUAUCUGCCUGGCUCUACGUCGUCGUGCUCGUGGUCCUGUACUCUCUGAGCCUGCUCCCCGCGCCGCCGCCGCCGGCAGCGGGCUCGGGGCGGGAGUGGCAGCUGCUCCCGCCGGCAGACCUGGACCUGCGGGCGGUGGCCACCUCACUGCCCAUAUUCAUCUUCAGCUUCACUUGCCACCAGAACCUCUUCUCCAUUGCGACGGAGCUCCGCGGGCGCACCGUCGGUAGGCUCGACCUCAUCUUGGUGGCCGGCGCCGGCGCCGGCGGGAUCAUCUAUUCCUUCGCAGCCUGCGGCGGGUAUAUGAGGUUCGGUCGUGGACUCGGUCCGAACUUCCUCCUCGACCUGCCGGACAGCUUGCUCCUGCUGGCGGGCCGUGGACUGGUCAUGAUAGCCGUGGUCUUCACCUACCCUCUGCAGCUGCACCCGUGUCGCCGCUCGGUGAUGAUCCUUGCCCAGAAUGUGCAGGGGCGCUUUUUCCACCGGAGGGAGGAGCGAUACUGGCGCCGCGGCACCACUGUUGCGAUACUGCUCGGUUCCGUGGCCCUCGCGUCCGCGUUCCAAGAGCUCGGCAUCACGCUGGCGAUCGUGGGCGCCGUGGGCAGCAACACCAUCGCACUCAUCAUGCCGGCCUUCCUGUACCUGCGGCUCUCCGCGCGCGAGCGCGAGCGCGGCGGCGCCGGCCUCCCGCUGCGCCUGCCGGCGCUGGGCCUGCUGCUCGUCGGCUGCACGAUCCUGCCGGUCUGCCUCGGCGGCAUCCUCUGGAAGAUCCUGGACCCGGCACCGAGGCACCCGCACGGAGCCGCGGUGCCCGGUCAGGGCCGCCCUGGGCUCCAGGACCCCUUCUCCCCGGAGUACUUCGUCCGGCCGGACCAGGUGCCCGAGGUCCUCUCCCUCACCAACCUGACGUACGGCGCGGGCCUGCCCGCAACGGAGGCCGAGUUGGCCAUCAUCGAGCGCACGCGCCAGAAGCGGCUGUUCGUCCAGAUGCUGCCGCCCCCCACGGACGAGCAGAACAUGGAGAUCCGCAUGCAGCUGAUGGAGGCCCAGGAGUUCCGCGACUGGGCCGACCGGGAGCGCCAGAUCCGCGAGCUCCAGGAGAAGCGGCUGGUGUUGCUGCAGAGGGCCCUGGAGGAGCGCGACGGCAAGCGGGAGAAGGCGCAGGAGGACAAGGUGGAGCGCGUGCGGCAGAAGAAGGAGGAGGAGCGAGACUGCAAGCUGGCGACCUGCCAGCGGGACAGGAUCAAGGUGCUCCGGAAGGUGCAGAAGGAGCGCAAGGCCGCAGAGGCCAGGCAGAGCGGGCUGCCCAAGGGCAGGGACGUGAUCCAGGACUACGCCGACACCACCUCCCAGGUGUACGCGCCGCUGGCGCGCAACGGCCACGUGCCCGAUUACAACACGGCGAAGAUCGAGGUGCAGCCGGCGGACCUGCAGACCUACGCAGGCCUGACUCAGCUGGAGCAGGCGCUGCCGCCGUCGCUGCUGCGCGCCUCGGACAGGCACCCCAAGGACGCGGCGCGGAAGGCCAAGUCGAGCCACCAGGUCCGGAAGGAGCUGGAGAUGGCCAACGCGCUGAAGUCAGCCAUGGAGUCCAUCAAGAAGGAGCUGCAGGCGCCCUCGGAGAGCGACGCGCCCGGCCGGGCUCCAGGAGACGCCUCGGCCCUCGGCGCCGGGACGAAGAAGGCCAUGCGCAUCGACCGCCCGGACUCUCCGCGCCUCAAGGAGGAUGUCCUUCCAGAGGAGGAAGAGCAGGAGACGGCGGUGCUGCUGCUGCAGCGCAUCAUCCGCGGACGCGCGUAUCAGAAUCAGAUGUUCGAGGGCAAGGAGACGCGCCUCGACCUCAUCAACGAGUUGCGCGCGGCCGAGCGCUACGCGGAGACCGCCACCACGGUGGAGGAGAAGCGGUACAUCGGCCAGCUGUACGAAAAGGCAUUCGAGGGGGCGCUGGAGUCCGCACAGGGCAGCGUGAUCUCGCAGACGCUCGACCAGCUUUCCAAGGAGCUGCUGCGCUUCCAGGAGGAGCGCCGCAUCGCUGCCAUGGUGAAGCUCGCGGAGCGGGACCGGCAGUACCGCCAGGCCCAGGAGAGCGGCAGGCGGCAGGCGGAGGAGAGGCUCCGCGAGAGAGAGGACGAGAUGUUCCGGCAGAUCAUGGGCGUGCACCAGGGCACGGUGGACUCGUACUUGGAGGAGGUGCUGACGGACACGGUGGAGCAGGCCGCGCAGUCGCGCGCCCUUACAGAGGCCAGGCUGAAGGCAGGAGCGCUGGGCAUCCCAACAUGCGCUGCCGUGUUGGCGGCGAUGGCGACCCGCGUGCAGCUUUGGCCGCGGGACGGCCUGCCAGGCCAGGCCAACCAGGAGCACAUGCUGUUUCAGCACCGGGUGAAGCUGACGCGCCCAGACUUGGCCGACUCUGGGCCAGCUUGGCAGGAAGAUGGCUUCGGCGUCGACGCCAUGGCACCGUUUGCCGGCAACGGUUACGACUACUCCUCCUGGGCGGACAGCAGAUCAGCCGACGAGGCCCGCGGGCGACAGGAAGCUGCCGACGAAGACGCGGCGCUGGCCGCCCUGUGGCAAGCCGAGGAGGCCGUCCACCAGGAGCUGGCAGAGCUGGAGAAGCUUGGGAUCCAGGAGAGCCCGCCGGGCCGCCGGCGGGCGGCCUCGCGGGCCGCGCCGCGGGAGCGGGCGGCGCGGCGGGAGCGCGGCGCCACGGAGCUGGGCCUGGCCUCGCGGCCCGCCCAGAACCAGACCAGGGCUGAGGUCGUGGAGGUGGCCGCCUGGAAGAACCCCGUGACCAAGGGCCUCCUGGGGCUCACCGCCGCCAUCAUCGGCGGGUUCGUGCUCGGGAUGGUGUGCAUGAUCCGGGGCGCCUCCCAGGACGCCCACUUCGGCCCGCCGCAGAUCAAGAGCCAGCCCCCGAGCGAAGCGAGCCCGCCGCAGAGCCCGUUCCGCGCCGCCGGGGGCCCGCCGGGGUCGCCACCGCAGACGGCGGCCGCGCGGCGGGGCCCCUUCGAGCGCGCGGCGCUCGACAGCGUGCGGCCCACCCUGGGGCCGUGCCCGUCGCCGCCGGGGGCGCGGCCGGGCGGCGGCGCGAGGAGCGGUGGGGGCCCCGCCGCGCGGGCGCCCGCGCCGGAGGCGGGCCCGCUGGACAGCUCGGCGGGCUCGGCCGCGCCGGCGCAGCACGGCCUGCAGGAGGAGAGCACGGCGAGCGCGAGCUCCGGGGGCGCCGCCAGCCCGGGCGGCGGGCGCGGGGGCGCAGCGGGGGUGCUGUGCGAGGAGCUGGUUGUGCCUGAGGGGUGGGAGAUCGUGUUCGUCCUGCCGGAGGUCAUCACGGCGCAGCGGCAGGAGACGUCGUUCGACAUCCUCAGCUCACAGGGCGAGCCGAUCAGCAGGGUCCUCGUCGACGAGCGCCGGCCGGGAGCCGAGUGCUGCAUGCGCGUGGAGCAGGCCGACGGCAGGCCGAUGGGCAUUGUGCGCACAGACGCGGUGCACAAGGGCCGAGGAGGCAUGCCGCAGAUCUGCCGGCCGGACGGCUCCGUGUUCGGCACGCUGUCGCGGGAGGACGACUCCGCGCGCACCAGCCGGUACGCGCUGCGCGGGCAGGACGGCAGGCUGCUGCUCGUGUUCAAGGGCGACUUCCGCAGCAGGAGGGUCAGCGUGCUGAGCCCCUCGAGCGGGCAGAAGGUCUGCGUCGUCGAGAGGGCGCGGCCGGUGCACGGCGCCGGGCCGCGCUAUCAGGCGAAGGUGUGGCAGGGUACCGACACUAGCGUGGUGCUCUGCGGCCUGCUGGCGAUCGACAAGGUGGAGGGCAGCGCCGUGAUCGAAUGA